AUGGAAAAUUCCGUAAAGCAAUGUACCCACACAGAUUCGGAAAGAUGGUUUACGGGCACGUGUACCACCUUAGAACUUAAUAAAGCUUUGGAAAAAGGUUACACCAUUGACAAAAUUUUCGAAGUGUGGCAUUUCCCUCAAAAAUCGAUUAAUUUUUUUAAAGAUUAUAUACGUGAUUUUAUGAAAAUAAAAUUAGAGACCAGGCCUCACAGUUAUGAAUCUAACGAAGCUUAUGCUUUGGCUAUUAAACAGCAGAUAAACAUUGAGCUUGAAUUAGAGAAAAAACCUAAUCCUGGCAAAAGGGAUAUAGCUAAAAUAUACUUAAACUCAUUGUUGGAGAAACUUCCACAACGGUCAAAAAUAAAGCAAUCAGAAUUCGUUACAUUCUUUUAG